AUGAUUGAGCAGCAGGAUUAUGACUGCAAGCUGCAGAAAUAUGAGCAGAAGAACAUUAGGAAGGACCGGAUCCUCGAUCAAGUGAUUGAGAGCUUGCAGGCCAAGUUCAAUGUCACCAGGUCCAAAGACCAGUUGCGCAAACGCUGGUGUGACCUAAAGUUGAGGGAGACUGGACAGCUAGCAAGGAUCCACAGGAUGAUCUGUAGGGCCCCAGCAAUGGCUGAGCAAGUGGUCCAUGUGGGAACCAGAACAGAGGUGUGGAUGCUGCGAGUACAGCCAGCUGCCGUCAUUCUACUUCCGAUUGCUCGUUCGUUUAACGAUUGCGCUGACAUUGACGAACGAUUACUCCUACUCAUUGAACGAUUAUCGUACGAUUACGCAGAGGUUUUCGAACAUGCUAGUGCAGAUAAUUUAAGUGACACCUUGGAGAAGUUGAAGCUAACUGGAUCUGACUGCACAUCUGACAAGCUAGAUGGAUGUUUGGAUUGUCUGCUUAAGGCACUUGGUCAAAACAAUAUUGAGAGCAGUGAAAAAGUCCAGCAGAGCGGAAUCCUUCAAGUCUUUGCAAAUCUUUUGAAUUCACAAUCGUCCUGCACAGCAAAAAUAGCUCACAUCAUAGCAGAAAUAGCAAAAAAUGAACAAAUGCGCAUUCCAUGUGUGGACGCGGGUCUGAUUCCCCCGCUGGUGCAGCUUCUGAACUGUAAAGACCAGGAGGUGUUGCUGCAAACGGGACGUGCCCUUGGGAAUAUUUGUUAUGAUAGCCAUGAGGGCAGGCACGCGGUUGACCAAGCGGGUGGUGCAAAAAUUGUAGUUGACCAUUUGCGGUCAAUAUGCACUUUAACAGAUCCAGCAAAUGAGAAGCUCAUGACUGUCUUUUGUGGCAUGCUGAUGAACUAUAGCAAUGAGAAUGAUUCUCUGCAAGCUCAGCUCAUAAAUAUGGGAGUGAUUCCCACACUGGUGAAGUUGCUUGGCGUUCAUUCCCAGAACACUGCAUUGACAGAGAUGUGCCUUGUUGCAUUCGGCAACUUAGCAGAACUUGAGUCCAGUAAAGAACAGUUUGCUUCAACAAAUGUUGCAGAAGAACUUGUAAAACUUUUUAAAAAGCAGACAGAGCAUGAAAAGAAAGAGAUGAUCUUUGAAGUUCUGGCUCCUCUUGCAGAAAAUGACGCUAUUAAACUGCAGCUUGUUGAAGGCGGCCUGGUAGAAUGUUUACUUGAUAUUGUCCAUGAAACUGUGAACAGUGAGAAAGAUGAAGACGUCGCAGAGCUCAAAACUGCCUCAGAUCUCAUGGUGCUGCUACUUUUAGGAGAUGAGUCCAUGCAGAAGCUAUUUGAGGGGGGAAAAGGAAGCGUCUUUCAGAGGGUGCUGUCUUGGCUUCCAUCUCACAAUCAUCAAUUACAACUAGCUGGUGCCCUGGCCAUUGCCAAUUUUGCCAGAAAUGAUGGGAACUGCAUCCAUAUGGUGGACAAUGGCAUUGUGCAGAAACUCAUAGAUCUCCUAGAUGGACAUGUGGAAGAAGGCAAUGUAACUGUACAGCAUGCAGCACUAAGCGCUCUGAGGAACUUGGCCAUUCCUGUUGUCAAUAAAGCAAAAAUGCUGUCGGCUGGAGUAGCAGAAGAAGUUCUAAAGUUUCUGAAGUCUGAAAUGCCCCCGGUUCAGUUUAAACUAUUGGGAACACUGCGGAUGUUAAUAGAUGCUCAAGCUGAGGCCGCUGAACAGCUGGGGAAGAACGUUGUACUAGUUGAGCGGCUUGUAGAAUGGUGUGAAGCCAAAGACCAUGCUGGAGUUAUGGGCGAGUCAAACAGGUUGCUGUCAGCUCUCAUACGACACAGCAAAUCAAAGGAUGUAAUUAGAACCAUUGUCGAAAGUGGUGGCAUCAAGCACUUAGUCACCAUGGCAACCAGCGAACAUGUAAUAAUGCAAAAUGAAGCACUUGUUGCCUUGGGAUUAAUAGCCGCAUUAGAAUUACAAUCAGCUGAAUGUCAUCUAGAAAGCGCAAAGUUAGUUCAAGUUCUUCAUAGACUGUUAUCAGAUGACAAAAGUGCUCCAGAGAUCAAGUACAAUUCUAUGGUUUUGAUCUGUGCAGUUAUGGGUUCUGAGCCUCUGCACAAGGAAGUUCAAAGCUUGUCAUUCCUUGAAGUUGUAUCCAAAUUACGGAGCCAUGAGAACAAAACGGUUGCCCAGCAGGCCUCCCUAACAGAGCAGAAACUGACUGUACAAAGCUGAGAUUUGUUUGCACAAUUUGUCUAUCCUGCAGAUUUCAUUGUCUCUGUGCUCUGCCCUGGCCAUGUUCCCCCACCAACAAUAUCACUUGUGCAUGUGUGUUAUGUUACCACAGAAACAGAUGAACUGCUGUAGGUACCUGUACAAUCGUAGGCACAGAAAGAU